CCUUCUUCUUCUUCUUCUUCUUCUUCUUCUUCUUCUUCUUCUUUUUUCCUUCUUUCAACGUCCUUCGUCACAUUUCAGAUUUAUUUACUAUUCUACACAUUACAUGCUUGAUGCAUGGUUAAUCCUUCAUGAGCGAUGGUGUUUUGUUUCUGUCGGCUGACGUUCCUACGACCCGCCUCGGAAAUGGAGUUCGUUCUUCCUCUUCUAUUCAUUUAUUAGAAAGAGAAGGGGGGGGGAUAAAAAGCAGCUCUUGUCGUUAUGUCUUUAUUUUUCUAUUAAUUUUUCGCUUUACCUUUGCCCCUUUUCCUCAGCUUUCGUCUAAUUCUACCAAUGUCACUCUAUCACUGACAAUUUUCUUCGUUAAUAAAUUUCCUCUCCGCAAUACCUAGGCUUAGGCCAAUGUGCAAAGAUAUUUUGCUCACCCUCAUUUUUACCUCGCUUGGCUACUUGUGUUCUUAAAAGCACCAGACGACAAUGUUUUAUCCGUAGACUGCGAUGUCUUCACAUGUAAAUGGCCCUUCCAUUUGAGAUGAACAGAAUAGGAAUUUCUUGUCCCAUUUUAAAUCAUCUUGAAUCCACAAUUAUAUCUGAACUUCCUUGCUUCGGUUGUUACAAAAUUUCCCGACCCUUUUUUAAUUUUCUGGGCUGACUAUCAAUAAUGGAUAAACAUCAAAUGAGUCCCUGACGCCAAAACCCGGGCUGUGGCUCCUUCAUCUGCCCUGUAACGUUUGAUAAAACACGGCAAGAUGUGGCCUCAUAUGCCAUUGGACCAGUUCCUUCUUCAGCUGGGUAAAAUGCAAAUUGCAUCUAUCAUGUUUGUUGAUUUCUGUUCAAAUGAAAAUACCGAGCAUUCAUUACAUUUAUUCAUCCAUUAGCAAAUAUUCACGUCAGUCUUUUCCCAAAAACGCUGUCCACUCGUUACCAAAUGCAUGUUUUGUCGCAGCUGAUUUUAUUUUUUCUUGCUAUUACUAUCAAAUUCUAUUGGGUUCAUUGGCGCAUAAAAUUGUUGCGGGAGGGACUGGCCCGCAUUGAGAGGGAGACAACCGCUCUUAAUUCUUCUCCUAGUUCGAGGUCUAUCUAAUCGUGGGCGAAUUCGCCAAAGCAACCGAGAACACUCCCUCAAAGGUGAAGCUCCACUUAGGCAUUCUAUGCCAAUCGCAGCAUCUCACAAUUCACGGCCCCGCAAGCUAUGCACAGCUCCUCCCAAGAUAUCAGCUGCCACCACCACAGCCACAUCCACUUCCCUCCUACAUCCAUCGCACCCAAUCAGCCUUCACACGACCUAACUACUCCAGUCCACCACAUAUCCCCAAUUCCGGCUUUCUAUCUCCACCGCGAUAAUGGCGUUGCCGUUCCACUCAUCGCACUUGAUGAGCUCCCGCCCUGGCUCCGCAUUGGGCGGGAAGAUUGGUUUAACCCGGAAUGGCAGCAGUACAUGAAUCCUGUCAGUGACGAACCCACCAUCCGGGUUGGCGAGUAUGAGGUGUUUGCCACGUGGGGUGGGGCGGUGUAUCAUUUGCCAACGUGGAAGUUGGUAGCGGUUCGAGGGGCCAGGGUUUGUGAUGGGACUGCGGCGGGGACUGGAUGGGAGCUGGAAGUGGGAGGAGAAAGAGGAAGGGAUAUUAUUCAUCAUUUGGAUCGAAGAGGUGGAUAUGACUACGAGGUUGAUGAGAGGAUGAUUGGCAACGGCUGUCUAGAUGGCAAGGCAUCCUCGCCCGGGUGUUCUGGGGGAGGCAGGAGUGGUGGCAGACAUGCCGCUCGUGAUCAAGAUGGGGAGCCAAUUCCAAUUGCAAACGACGAAGUCAACCGAGAGGGAAUUACACGGAACGUCCCAGAUACUCCUCCCUCGUCACCAAUGGGCGGCCUAUGCAGCGGCAAAUACGACGGAAAUGCCGAUGAGAGAUUUUCAUGCUCCAGUUGUCCCCUCUCUCGCAACGGGCAUUACCAUCACUACCCGCAUUAUCCUCAGGAUCAGCAAGACCAACCUCCUCGCCAACAAACAGCGAUGUCAUCUUCACCGCAUACUUGGCCGCUCGAACUUUCACCCCCUUUGUCAAACAACAGCUGUAGCAGCCCUGGCCAGAACCCCUUACACUCCCUACCCAGUAACACCGAAACAGAAACCAGCAUGUCAUCCUGGGAUUCUUUUGAUAUUCUUCCUCCUGCUUUUCAUGUCCCUGUUUUACCACGGACGCCAUUGGGGUUGGGGUUAACGCAGUCUGCACCGUCGUGUGUACUCUCAGGCAUGUUUCAUGGACUGAUUCCACCGUGGUUGAGGAACAGGGCAGAAGGGGAUGGUUCAGUUUGCUCUGUUUAGGUGUAGAGAGAGGUUAGAGGUUACAACAGAAAUGGACGGAAAAGAAAUUUUGAGGGAUGGUAGGUGGCCAGAACGGAAGUGAGCGAAUUGACGGUGGUAUCAUCUGCUCCUGGCUUCUCCAUUUCGUUCUUAGUUCUUUGCCGGACUCCCUUUAAUUUCUGGAGUUGUUGGAGUAAUGGGGUCUACUGUCUUUCAUUUAGUUACUCUGCAGUUUCCCUUUGGCUGUUGUGAUGUGUCCCUUGGAAAAGGGAAACGGUGCGCUGAGGAGGAAAAAAAAAAAAAAAAAACACUCUUUUGGAGGAUGGUAUCAAUCAUUCUUUCUGUGUGGAUUUGUGUGGCAUUUUUGGUUGCUAUUGCUUCUUUUGAUGUUUACUUGCUUUUUGUAUAUUUCCUGCUCUCUGAUUCUCUUAAAGAUUUUAUCGUGUUCGUUCAUUCCUUUUUUGUGAUGUUGUGUUCAGAUAAAAAAUUAGGAACUAUGCAAAAUUCGCAGUGAGUUGGGGUGGAUUUUCAUAUUUAUCUUGGCCUAGUUAAUUCAAAACUUAGCCACGCUGGAGUCUGUACGACAGACGGCUACAAUUAUUAAUAAUAAUGGGCGACCUGUUACAUCACCGAGCCUUCUGAGUUGAAGAAGGAUUAACUAUAAAAUUAAGCUUAUUUGUUGCAACCAUAGUUCCAACGGACACGAGAGGGC